UGCUUGGUGCCGCAAGCAUGAGUGACAAAAAACAGUGCUCUUCUCUCUUUCACUUGCGUUAUUUUCGAAUUUGUUUCCCUGCUUCGCGUGUCUGCAUUCUUUCCUAUUUUGCUUAUUAUUUUUUAAACUGCCACACAUAACUCGCCUUUAUAUUUUAUUUGACGACCGGUGCUGCCAGCUAAGCCCGAUCUCACCAUAACAUACAAAGAAGCGACAAACCCAGUCUCGUUGAAUAAUGGCUGCAGGUGCUGUUGCUCGUGGUUCCGCCAAGGGCGCUAGCCAACAGACAAACAAUAAGAGACGCAUGAGCUCUGCCAAGCCCACAAAGAAGGCUGCUCCUCCGGUUGUUGAGGAGCCAGUUGAGUUGUCCGAUGACGACUCUACUGAGUAUGGCUCUGAUAAUGAUGUCGAUCAAGUGGAGCAGUACGACAGCGACGCUGCCAUUGAGUCCGAUGACUCCGAGGAUCGUCCCGUGAAGAAGGCCAAGCGGGCCAGCAAUGCCGAGGCCGAGCUCGAGACCGAGGCCUCUUCCGAUGGUGGUGUUAUUGACUACGCCUUUGACUCUAUGCCGCUGACCGAGCAGACAAAGAACGCCAUCAAGGAGAUGGGAUUCACCAAAAUGACUGAGGUGCAGGCGCGCACUAUCCCGCCGCUGCUGGCUGGUCGUGACGUGCUUGGUGCUGCGAAAACAGGUUCUGGAAAGACGCUGGCGUUCCUGAUUCCAGCCAUCGAGCUGCUUUCCAGGCUCAAGUUCAAGUCUCGCAACGGAACUGGUGCCAUUAUCAUUUCGCCUACGCGCGAGCUGGCGUUGCAGAUUUUUGGUGUUGCGCGUGAUCUGCUGCGUUUCCACACGCAGACAUUCGGCAUUGUUAUUGGCGGUGCUAACCGCAAGGCCGAGGCCGACAAGCUGAUCAAGGGUGUCAACAUCUUGAUUGCAACGCCGGGCCGCCUCCUGGAUCAUCUGCAGAACACCAAAGGGUUCAUCUUCAAGAACCUCAAGACCCUGAUUAUCGAUGAGGCCGAUCGUAUCCUGGAGAACGGUUUCGAGGACGAAAUGAAGGCGAUCAUCAAGAUCAUGCCCCAGGAGGAGCGCCAGACGAUGCUUUUUUCUGCCACGCAGACCACCAAGGUCGAAGACCUCGCCCGCAUCUCGCUGAAGAAGGGGCCCCUGUACAUCAAUGUUGACGAGGGCAAGGAGAGGGCCACCGCCGAGGGUCUUGAGCAGGGCUACGUUGUCUGCGAGUCGGACAAGCGGUUCCUGCUGCUGUUUACCUUUUUGAAACGCAAUCUGAAGAAGAAGGUCAUUGUGUUCUUCUCGUCUUGUAACUCUGUCAAAUACCACGCUGAGCUGCUCAACUACAUUGACGUGCCGGUUCUUGAUCUCCACGGCAAGCAGAAGCAGCAGAAGCGCACGAACACCUUCUUUGAGUUUAUCAACGCCGACAAGGGCAUUCUGCUCUGCACUGACGUCGCCGCCCGCGGCCUGGACAUUCCCUCUGUUGACUGGAUCAUCCAGUACGAUCCCCCAGAUGAUCCCCGCGACUACAUCCACCGCGUCGGGCGCACUGCGCGUGCUGGCAGUCAGGGCAAAUCUCUUUUGUUCCUUCUCCCCUCGGAGCUCGGCUUCCUGCGCUACCUGAAGCAGUCCAAGGUUCCCCUGAACGAGUACCAGUUCCCUCCUAGCAAGGUCGCCAAUGUGCAGUCGCAGCUGGAGAAGCUCCUUGAGAAGAACUUUUACCUCAACAAGUCGGCGCGCGAUGGCUACCGCUCAUACCUCCAGGCCUACGCCUCGUACCAGCUGAAGAACAUUUUUGCUGUCAACAGCCUGGAUCUGGAGAAGGUCGGCAAGGCCUUUGGCUUCACAGUGCCGCCCAACGUCAAUAUUAGCAUCGGCGAGACACGAAAAACCGAUCAGCGGAAGCGCAAGUCGUUUGUUCCCAAAAAGUAGAGCUUACACUGAACGAGACAGACGGAUGGCGGUGAUACCUUUCAUAGCACCCCAGCCAGCUAUUUUCUAUUCUUCAAAAAUAUUAAUAUUUUCUCUUUCCAAACAUAAGCAUGAAAAAACCAAUUGAAAACGUUCUUUAAAACUAAACAGAAACAUAAAGG